AUGAGACUCAAGCACCAGACAGAUAUAGGUGGUAUAGAUACAAGGUCCUGGCUCCGAGUGCAGUGGACAGAGGGGAAAAGCACCAAAAAGACCAAGCCACAGUAUUGGGGGGGGGGGGGGGUUCUGGCGGAUACCACACCGUGUGCGGGGGCUGCCACCCUCGAGGGCUACUCACAAACGUUGCAGAUGCCUCAGUCUCACAAAAACACCCUCCGCCAGGUGGCCGAGUUGGUUAUUGUUCAGUUUCCUGGAAAUCGAACACACACGUCAGGUGGGGGAUGGCCCGCCGUGACGUCACGGCGCGUUGUGACGUCACCACUUGUGAAUGUGACCCCCGGUCGCUCCAGGCGCUCAGCGUACAGUCUUUCGGGAGUAUCCAACGAAGUCGGACCU